AACUGUCAUUGAUUUGUCACUUCAUGUAGCCUGUAACAAAAAGUUGGCUUUGUUUAUUUCUCCCAAAAGUGCAAAUAAAUUUUUCAAAAUUUCUUUCCAUUUUGAUUCAUACACUCCAACCUCCCCCGACAUGGCCGACCGACUAACUCAACUACAAGAUACGGUCAAUCAGCAAGCCGAACACUUUUGCAAUGCAAUCGGUAUCAUUCAACAAACUUCUUACCCCAGCAAAUUUCCAAUAUUCGAUCGUACGGGAAAUCAAACACCCGUUCAAAAUCAACAACAAGAUGAUUUUGCUCAACUUUUCGCCCAGCUAAUAUCUCGCUGUGCCAAAGACAUCGACACUCUUAUUGAAUCUCUACCAAAUGAGGAUAACUCCACCGAGCUACAAAAUCAAAGUCUAAAACGAUUAGAAGCCGAAAACCAAGAAUCAUCCGAACGUCUUGAAGAAAUCGUUCACAAAGGGGAACUAUUGCUGGAGAAAAUUCAAGUCGCUUUGGAAGAUAUUGCCCAAGCUCAAUUAGACAUGCAAAUUACAUUCAAAAAUAACAAAUAAAUAUGAUGUUUGUUGUAUUUACGAAGUUGUAAUAUUUUUGUAUGUUUUAUUAGUAAAGUACGAGUUCAAAACACUUAA